AGGAGGAGUGCCUUUGGCAGCAAGCUGGUCCCCUCCUUCCCCAGGAAGCCGCUUCUUGCAUCAGUGCGCCCUCGCUGCCUCCCAGUUGCUUUCCUCCCGCCUCCAGAGAGAGAGAGAGACACACAGAGAGAAGGGGAAUUGCGCCCUUGGAGAAGCAGGGAAAGAGGAAGAGGAGGAGGAGGCGCUCUGAGCCUUGCAAUGGGCUCCCUGUCUGGAUGAUCGUGUGUGGGGCUGUGGAGCCGGACCCACGCCUGGGCCCCUGACCCCAGCUAUGGCUGCUGCAGCGGCUGCCACCUCCCGAGCGGACCUCUACAGCCAAGUCACCCCGCGGAGGACCCGCCAGCCCCGGCCGGGCACCAUCAAGCACGGCUCCUCGCUGGACAUCCUCCUCUCCAUGGGCUUCCCCAAAACCAGAGCGCAGAAAGCCCUGGCGUCAACCGGAGGUCGAAGUGUCCAAGCAGCAUGUGACUGGCUGUUUUCCCACGUCUGUGACCCUUUCCUGGAUGACCCUCUGCCUCGGGAGUACGUCCUCUACCUGCGCCCCACGGGCCCCUUGGCACAGAAGCUCUCCGACUUCUGGCAGCACUCCAAGCAGCUGUGCGGGAAGAACAAAGCGCACAACAUCUUCCCCCACAUCACACUCUGCCAGUUCUUCAUGUGUGAAGACAGCAAAGUCGACACCCUCUGCGAAGCUCUGCACGCUACUGUGACCCGGUGGAGGUGCAAGUUGCCCACCCCUUUGCCCUUGGAGCUCUAUACAUCUUCCAACUUCAUUGGGCUCUUCGUCAAGGAGGAGAGCGCAGAAAUCCUCAAAAAGUUUGCAGCAGACUUUGCUGCAGAAGCCUCUUCCAAAGCUGAUGUCCACGUGGAACCCCAUAAGAAGCAGCUCCAUGUGACGCUGGCUUACCACUUCCAAGCGAGCCACUUGCCCACGCUCGAGAAGCUCGCUCAGAGCAUCGAUGUUAAGCUGGGCUGCGACUGGGUGGCAACAAUAUUCUCUCGCGAUAUUCGAUUUGCUAACCACGAGACCCUGCAGGUGAUCUACCCAUAUGUGCCGCAGAACGAUGACGAGCUGGAGCUUGUGCCUGGGGACUUCAUCUUCAUGUCUCCCGUGGAGCAAAUCACCACCAGCGAAGGCUGGAUUUAUGGGACCUCCUUUGCAACUGGAUGCUCAGGAUUGCUACCUGAAAACUACAUCACCAAAGCAGACGAGUGUGGCACUUGGGUGUUCCACGGGUCAUACUCUAUUCUGAACCCUUCGUCUUCCUCUUCCCUUCUGAUGUUCGCCGACGGUGUGAUGGAUCGAAGGCUACAAGAAGAUCAGGGACCAGGAGAUACUGGACCACUAACUAUUUUUUGUCAGAGUAUGCAGCCUUUAAGGAUUACUAACCCACCAGGGCCUCAGAAAAGAUGCCUUUUCGUUUGCCGCCACGGAGAACGGAUGGACGUCGUGUUUGGAAAAUACUGGCUCUCACAGUGUUUUGAUGCCAAAGGACGGUAUGUGCGCACAAACUUGAACAUGCCCCACAGCCUACCUCAACGAAGUGGCGGAUUCAGGGAUUAUGAAAAGGACGCCCCUAUCACCGUGUUUGGAUGCACGCAAGCAAGGCUGGUCGGUGAGGCCCUUCUGGAAAGCAACACCGUCAUCCACCACAUCUACUGCUCCCCAUCGCUACGCUGCGUACAGACGGCACACUAUAUUUUGAAAGGUUUGCAGCAAGAGAACAGCCUGAAGAUUCGAGUUGAGCCGGGCUUAUUUGAGUGGACAAAAUGGGUCUCUGGGAGUUCCCUGCCUGCUUGGAUCCCUCCUAUGGAUUUAGCUGCAGCCAAUCUGAGUGUUGACACAACGUAUAGACCUCAUAUACCUGUAAGCAAAUUAGGUAUUUCGGAGCCGUAUGACACGUACAUCAGCAGAAGCUAUCAAGUAACGAAAGAGAUCCUCAGUGAAUGUAAAGCCAAAGGGACGAACGUUUUGAUAGUGGCUCAUGCUUCCUCACUGGAGGCAUGUACCUGCCAGCUGCAAGGACUGUCGCCGCAAAAUGCCAAGGACUUUGUACAGAUGGUCAGAAAGAUUCCAUAUUUGGGCUUCUGUUGCUGUGAAGAACUUGGCGACACGGGUUUGUGGCAACUGACGGACCCCCCGAUCCUUCCCCUUACUCACGGACCGACUGGCGGCUUUAACUGGAGAGAAACUUUACUACAGGAAUAAGAUGGAAGGACACAGCUGUAGUGCAAGAAUCUCUUGCACAUUGGAGCAUCUUCUUCUUUUUUAAAUUACUGACAGAGGAGGACAUUAUUCAUAACCCUCUCGAUGGAUUUAAAAAAUAACCCUCUAGCAUAUCUUCCACAGAGUGGUGUUUGUGCGUCUAGGAAAAAAAAUAGGUCAGUGUAGACGCAUGCUUGGAUCGUGGACAAAUAUUCAUGUGCUCCAAACACCUACUCACUCGGUCUCUAGGCUUCUGUCCAGCAGAAAUGUCUUUGUGACGUAAGCUACUGAGCUUUAAUAUAUGAUUUUCUUAAAAAAUACACACACAAAACACCUUGAAUUAAGCUCCAAGGAGGAAAACCAGUCUUCACUGCCUUCUGCGUAAUGUUAGUCACAAUUAGGAUGCGCUCUAAAUUGUGGAAAUUUGUUGUUUGUUGGUCUAUUUUUUUUAAUGGAAUUGAACUGUGCCAUUUUGUUCUGAGGCAUUUUGGGUAGCGUGCACACAAAUGGUCCAACACCAUCUUUAGCUGCAUUAUUAUACCUCCAUUCUGCAAGAUCCCUUUCCGCCCUCCAAAUAUCGCUGUGGAAAAGAGGGUCGUGUUCUUGUCCCACUUAGCAUAGGAUCACGUUCCUUGUUUAUUUCCAUUUCAAGUGUGUAAUAUAUCUAUAUGUUCAAAAGACAAAAGGGAGAUCUUGGUGGGAACCAAUUUAGAAUUGAAGGGCUGGUUCCCACAUCAUUUCAACUUCUCAGCACUUGAUGAUCUUCAACCAUGUUAACAAAGCACUGUAUUUUUUGAGGGCACAUGGAGAUGCUGCGUGUGGUCUUGGGUCUACCAUGCCACAUUCACCCUCACCAUCUUGUGACUCAUGAAUGAGCAUGCUCACAAGUGUCCCACGAUAACCAAAAUGGUGGUGUUAGGUGUGUUGAUGGGCUUCAUGGUUUUGGUCAUGAGCAACUAUUCAGUUUUAUGAACCACUGGUGCCAGCUAUGUUCACCACUUCUUUUCAUGUUUGUGUUCUCCGUUCAAAGAUGUGCAGCCCCAUGGACUAGGACUGUUAAGGAUCCAUGUUUACUCUUAGCAGGUAUUUCUUUUCUGUAACAGAGCAAAUUCUUAAAGCAACCGCUAUGCUACAUCAGAGCAACAGAGUCAGAACAUCAUCAUCAUCAUCAUCAUCAUCACCUUACUUACUUAUUUAAGCGAUCCCUCAUCGUCUGAGUAGGACAGUCUUCCAGGAUCAGUGUACUGCCGGUGGGUCCGUAGGUUACUUUGGAGCCCUAUUCUUGAUCUGUAUCUUCUCCUGCAGUGAGAAAAGUUACCUUUUUAAAAAUUACAACUCUGAGAAUCUACCCAUGGAAGAUGUUUGGAGCUACAAAAUGAAUGUUUCCAAGAUCUGCAGUUAUCCUUACUUACUUAGGAAAUUCCUCGUAGCCCGAGGAUGAUGGUCCUCCAAGUAUAGCGUCUUGGCGGCGGGUCCGUAGGUGGCUGUGGAGCCGCGUUCUUGAUCCACAUGUUCUCCCGCAGUGAGGACAUCAGUUUCCAGGUCGAAGGUGGUCCCAGACAGGGUUGGCUUGAUGCACCUUCCUCUUGACACAUUUCUUCCUUUCACCCUCUUCAAAUUCUGCAGCACUGUUGGUCUGAGCUGACCUCCAGUUAGAGUGCUCAAGGGCUUCCCAGUUCUCAGUGUCUAUGCCAGAGUUUUUAAGGUUGGCUUUGAGCCCAUCUUUAAAUCUCUUUUCCUGCCCACCAAUUUUACGUUUCCCAUUCUUGAGUUAGGAGUAGAGCAAGUGUUUUGGGAGAUGGUGGUCGGGCAUUCGGACAACAUGGCCAGUCCAACGGAGUUGAUGGCAGAGGACCAUCACUUCAAUGCUGGUGGUCAUUGCUUCUUCCAGCACACUGACAUUUAUCCGCUUGUCUUCCCAAGAGAUUUGCAGGAUUUUCCGGAGGCAGCACUGAUGGAAUCAUUCCAGGAGUUGCAUGUGACACCUGUAGACAGUCCACGUCUCGCGGGCAUAUAGCAGAGUGAGGAGGACAAUAGCUUUAUAAACAAGCACCUUGGUUCAUCACCACCACCUUGUGGCCAGGUUUGAUUGUCUUCCAAGGAUAGAGUCUUGGUGGUGAAUCCAUAAGUGACUAUGAAGACCUAUUCUCGAUCUGCAUGUUCUUUUGUAGUGAGGACAUAUAUUUCCAGAUGGAAGGUGGUCCCAACAAAGUUUUGCUUGAGGCACCUUCCUCUCGCCACAUUUCUCCCUUUCGUCCUCUAUUUGUCCCUCUUCAAAAUCCAUCGUACUGUUGGUGACAGCUGACCUCCAGUUAGAACGCUCAAGGACCAGGGAUUCCCAGAUUUCAGUUUGUUUUUGGUUAGUUUUAAGCUCAUCUUUAAACCUCUUUUGUUGUUUCUUUUUUUCCUGUGGACAAGCAGCCAAUACUUCAGGGACAGCACGGAUCAAUGCACCGCUGCCUUGGGUUCACUGUUUUACACUAUAUCUGUGUUCACAAUGGACAUUCCCAGUUCUCUGUGUAAGGAAAGAGAAUUAUUCUUUAGUACAGUCUUGGAUGUUUUAGUCAGGUUACCAAAUCAUGGUUAUGUUUGACUAGCUUCAUUGCCCCAAAGUGGUCAUUGGAAAUAACAGAGUUUGGAAAAGUUACAUUUUUAAAAAUUACAGCUCCCAGAACCUACCCAUUUUAGCUGGUGGAUGCUUGGAGCUACAAAAUGAAUGUGUCCAAAAUCUGCAAUUAUCCUUACUUACUUAGGCAAUUCCUCGUAGCCCAAAGAUGGGUUCGUAGAUGGCUGUGGAGCCGUGUUCUUGAUCUGCAUGUUCUCCCGCAAAUGAGGACAUCGGUUUCCAGGUGGAAGACAGUCCCGGUCAGGGUUGGCUUGAUGCACCUUCCUCUUGACACAUCUCUCCCUUUUGCCCUCCAUUCAUGCCUCUUUGAAUUCUGCAGCACUGCUAGUCUCAGCUGACCUCCAGUUAGAGUGCUCAAGGGCCAGAGCUUCCCAGUUUUCGGCAUCUAUGCCACAGUUUUUAAGGUUGGCUUUAAGCCCAUCUUUAAAUCACUUUUCCUGUCCACCAAGAGAGAGUAGAUAUAUGCAGAUUGUCAAACCCAUCAUCAUAACCUAGUAUCCCUCUUGAGCAACUCUUAACAUUUUCCCCCAGUGUCAGUCUAUUUUAAUUAUAAUUUCCCAUUGGGUCCAAUGCAUUAUGUGGAAGUCCAUGGCUUUCAAGUUGGAAGUGUAGUGAAUCUACUUUAGGUUUUAUUUCAGGCUUAGGGAAACCAGGAUCCUUGUUAAAUAGAACCCCUGUUUACAUGAAUUGAAAUGGCUAUGAGUCCCACAAGAAGAUAUAAAUUGACUUCAGGAUACGAAGGGAGGUUGAGGUGCAAAUAAAGUACUAUGUGUGCAUUUCUGGGACACUGGUGUUAGAAGAAACUAUGUUUUUAUAUGAGAUCACCUGGAAGUGGUGAGACAUUUUGACCAAAGUAUUUGUUUGAGGUGCCACUAAUAUCUUUUGAUAUCUGCAUCAAAACUUUCACUAACAUAGAGGGCUUGAGGAGUUGAUCUCUACCACUGACUUCGUGGUGCAAGUCCUUUCACUUUGAAUGCAAGAAACAUUCCUUUCUUACUCAACAGGGACUGGAGUCAAAGCAUCUUGAGAUACUUUCACAUGUCAUGCAACCAGGCCAAAAUGGGAACUUCCAGAAGAUAAUUCAUAUCAAAACAAAUAGAUUAAAAAUGAGAUCCUAACUAGGACCACCACUGAGUCUCUUGAACAAAGCAUUGGUUAUCUUGGUCUUAAUUUACAAGGAGAAGGAAGUUGUCCUCAUGGACAACAAGUUAAACAUGAGCCAGCAGUGUCAUGCAGCAGCUAAAAAAAGCCAGUGGGGUUUUGGCCUCCAUAAAUAGGAGUGUCUAGAUAAAGUGUCUAGAUCCAAGGAAUUGUUGCUACCCUUCUAUUUUGCCUUGGUCAGACCACACCUAGAAUCACACUGUGCCCAAUUCUGGGCACCACAAUUGAAGGGAUAUGUUGAUAAACUGGAAUGUGUCCAAAGAAAGGUGACUAAAAUUAUCAAGGGUCUGGAGAACAAGCCCUAUGAGGAGCAGUUUAAAGAGCUGGGCAUGUUUAGCCUGCAAAAGAGAAGGCUGAGAGGAGACAUGAUGAGGCCAUGUAUAAAUAUGUGAGAGGAAGUCAUAGGGAGGAGGGAGCAAGCUUUUUUGUUACCUGGGAGAUACGGAACAAUGGCUUCAAACUACAGGAAAGGAGAUUCCAACUGAACAUUGAGAAGAACUUCCUGACUGUAAGAUCUGUUCAACAGUGAAACUCUCUACCUUGGAGUCCAGUGGAGGCUUUUAAACAGAGGCUGAAUGGCCAUCUGUCGGGGGUGUUUUGAAUGUGAUUUUCCUGCUUCUUGGCAAGGGCUUGGACUGGAUGUCCCACCAGGUCUCUUCCAACUCUAUGAAGAUCUAGAGACAAUGUUUCCAAAGGAAUGAAAAUGUGUUAUCUUCCAACCUUCUCCAAUCUGGCACCAUCCAGAUAUGAUGGGCUGCAUCAUGAUGGCCCACGAGGUCUCUUCCAGCUUUAUGAAGAUCUGGAGGCAAUGUUUCCAAAGGAAUGAAAGAGAGUUAUCUUCCAACCUUCUCCAAUCUGGCACCAUCCAGACAUGAUGGGCUGCAUCAUGAUGGCCCACGAGGUCUCUUCCAGCAUUAUGAAGAUCUAGAGACUGUUUCCAAAGGAAUGAAAGUGUCUUUUCUUCCAACCUUCUCCAAUCUGGCACCAUCCAGACAUAAUGGGCUGCAUCAUGAUGCCCCAUGAGGUCUCUUCCAGCUUUAUGAAGAUCUAAAGACAAUAUUUCCAAAGGAAUGAAAAUGUGUUAUCUUCCAACCUUCUCCAAUCCUGCACCAUCCAAACAUGAUGGGCUGCAUCAUGAUGGCCCACGAGGUCUCUUCCAGCUUUAUGAAGAUCUAGAGACAAUGUUUCCAAAGGAAUGAAAGUGUGUUAUCUUCCAACCUUCUCCAAUCUGGCACCAUCCAAACAUGAUGGGCUGCAUCAUGAUGGCCCACGAGGUCUCUUCCAGCUUUAUGAAGAUCUAGAGACGACGUUUCCAAAGAAAUGGAAAUGUGUUAUCUUCCAACCUUCUCUAAUCUGGCACCACCUUCUCCAAUCUGGCACCACCAUCCAGACAUGAUGGGCUGCAUCAUGAUGGCCCACAAGGUCUCUUCCAGCUUUAUGAAGAUCUAGAGACAAUGUUUCCAAAGGAAUGAAAGUGUGUUAUCUUCCAACCUUCUCCAAUCUGGCACCAUCCAGACAUGAUGGGCUGCAGUUCCCAUGUCACACAUAAGGAGGACAUCAGAUAAGAAUGGUCUCUCAUGCUUGAAGGACCACAAAACAGCAGUUGCCUUUCUUCCCAAGCUGUUCUCACCAUCAGUCCUUCCAUUUCCCUGUCCAUGUUUCAUAAUGAUUAUCCAUCCAUUGCUUUCAAAAAACAAACAAACAAGCGAACCAAGUUGUAAGAUGCAGAUAAAUAAUCUGAGUGAAUGAUAGGGGACACUCCAGCUUUGCCACAUGGCUAACUUGGAGAAAGCUUAAUUCAAUUCACAUUUCUAGCCCAUACACACUAUGAAGUUAUAGCACUAUGAUUCCACUGUAACUGCCAUGGCAACAUCCUGUGGAAUCCUAGAAUUUGUAUUUAGUGAAAUAUCGAAUGUAGCCCUAGCUGUUUACAAUGGAAAAUAAUGCUAUUAUUGUAUAGUGUGAAUAGGCCCUUUCCCUUGUAUUAGAACAGAAUUACCUCUAAUAUGGAAGUUUCGAAGGACAUCCAAUAGGCACUGAACCGAAGCAGUCGACAGGCAAUGACUUGUGUGCAAUAUGUAUAUUUAGUACUUAAAGCAUACGGCGUACAUUUGACCUGGAAAGGGCAGCAGGGCAUUAUCCAAUGCAUUUCAUUUAAACCAGGGAUGUAUAGUGACAAAGUUAGGGAGAUAAAAGUGAACGAUAGCAGGAAAGCCAACUGCGUUGUUUGUAUUUUGUUACUGCUGCUGGUAUUUUUGGAAUAUAUAUAUACAUAUAUACAUAGACACAGACACAAAGACACAUAGAGAGAUAUAUGUAAUUUAAACUAUUUUUGGCUAUGUACAGAAAUUCUGAAAAUGAGCGAGCGUAUGCCUUCUCCGGAAUCUGCUUUUGUGGGAGACUUUUAAUGGACUUUUAAUGAGCCAAGAAUGACAAUCAAAACCAAAAUGUGGGUUUCUGGUGUAUAUUUAAUACGGGGAGGUCGCUUUUCAGUCGGGGGAAAGAAGUGUUUUUGCACUAACCGUUUGCAAGUUAUUGAUACUUAAUGUACUGUACAGAGUUAUGGCUGAGUCACAAACAAAAUGUACCAAACGCUUCCAUUGACGAAACCUUUGUUCCUCGGCUCGUUCCCAAAGCAAUUCCCUUAUUAACAAUCUCGUUGGGUUACUUCACUAUUUCCACAGAUAUUCUAUGAACAUUUAUUUGGGAGUAAAAUACCACUGAAUGUUGUGAGACUGAACCUCUCGGAAAGCAUGAAAACAUUAGGGUGUCCGUAUUUUGAAGAACCCGUUCUAUUCAGGGAUGGAGAGGGAAGGUCCUUCCAUAAUCUCAGAAAAAAAGACUAUUUUUGGAUGAUUCUCAAAGGGUUUUUCCUCCUAAAUGUUAAGUUUCUCUAAAGAAGAAAAGGAAGAAUUGUGUUCACAGUAUUUUUCGAGUCAAGUUUAGUUUCUUUUCUAAAGGAACCGGUGCUAAUAAAGCAACACACCUUAAGUUCAGCGCUUGGAAAGGUUACUUUUUGAACUACAAUUCCCAGCAUUCGCCCAUGCUGGUUGGGGGAUUCUGGGGUGUAGCAACCCUCCAAAAAAUCUUUCCCAAGCUCUGUUCCAUUGUUGGAGAGAUUUACAAGAAGAAGGGAGACAAUUGUAUGCCUCUUUUAUAAGAUUUUCAUUAGGUUCCGGUGCGGUUAUUGUUUUCCCAAAAAAGCUCAUAACUGAUUAUGUUUGGUUUCUAUUACUGCUCAUCUUUCACAGUUUGUCACUAGGGAAAAAAUGCAUUGAUCUCAAUAAAAAGAAAGUGGUCAGAAUUUCUCACAAA